AUGCUCACCCUCCUGAUCCAAGCUUGCGAUGGGAUCAAGACGAAAUCCUUCGCUCGAAAGAGCGCGCGCAAGCCAAGGGGACGACGUCCCUGUCGAAAGCCCCGGAUUCUCGUUGGAUACUUUGAUGGAAAUUGCCCAAACGGGAGCCAAGGACAUGGGGGAAAGACCCUUUUGGUUGGCGUCUACUCCGUAGAGAGAAUCUGUUGCCGUCAUGACAAUAGCGCACGGAAUGGAGCCAAAACUAGGCGGAAGCGGACCUCUGGAAGGGUGGCGUUUACGGGUGGUUCUACAGCCUCUCGCCGUUUCUUCUGUCCGGCACGACAUCGCUAUCCGUCAUCUGUCGAGCCGCGCCACAUAUGCAACCUCUACUGCGUCUGCACUCUCCAGGUUUCUGACGCAGGUGCUCGGUGCUGGUGGGUUGUGCUGGAGCUGUCGGUACAUGGCAGUACAAACCCCCGUUCAGACGAAAGACGCAUAGCAGGGGUCUGUGCGGUAGAGGAAGAGCUAGAAACUCAAAGACUUUGUCAAGCUUCAUUAGAGACAGAGAUUGCCUUCUACCCCUUGAUGCUCAUGCUCUUCGACGGCGUGUGUGUGUUAAGAACAACAUGUGGCAGUCGCUCCCCUGACAGCAUCUUUGGGCAAACUCUCUUGUUAGCCCCCUCCCAAAUUCCAUCAAGCCUUCCUUCGAAGAAGCUUCUUCGUACACUAGACACGCGUCAACAAACUCUGGGGAUUGGAAAGGAAGGUGCAUCCCUCCGCUAG